AUGAUCCGAUCAUUUGGUUCAAAUAAUUGUACAUUGACAUUAUUUAAUGCUGAAGAUAUUUGCAAAUUAUUAGUAGAUCAAUUAACUAAUUUGAAAAAAUUUUGGUUUACAAUUCAUGAUUCCUAUGGUGAUUUCGAUUGGAAUCCAUAUUGUAUUAUUGAUGGUGAAAAUGAAUCUACAAAACGCAUUCUUAAUCUUAUCUAUUUGUUUAUUAAUCAUUUACAAGAAUUGUUUUCGCUUAAAAUAUACUUUUGUCAAUGGACUUCAAAGCAUACACCUUGUUUUCCAUAUCGAAUUCGACGAGAAUUAUAUCAUUGGUUAAUUAAUCGAUCUUAUCGAUUACAAUGUUCUUGCAAUAUGAUUCAAAUUUGGCUUUAA